AUGUAUCCUACUUCGACUUCGAAUACACCACGUAUUGAAAUUCCAGCAAAUAAUAAUAGUAAUAUUAAAAUCAUCAUUACUGAAGCAACACCAUCUGAAUCAGAUAUACCACAUGGUAAACAUGUUUGUGAAACUAACCAUACUUAUAACGGUAGAAUAACACCAAGUAAAUCAUCUAACGCGUUGCCUGCAAUCGAAGCUGUUGAAAUUCCAUCAUCAAAUACUAGAAAUAUUUAUCGUAAUAUUCAUCCCGAUCUAACUAAUUCGACGAUUUCGAACUGGAACAUGACGGAAAGAAGUCUUCUAACUUGUGAUAGUAUCUAUCGAAAUGAAGCUACAGAUUUUAUCGUUCCGGAAAAAGAUCGUAUACGUGUUAUUGUUCGAGUUCGACCAUUGAAUGAUCGUGAACUCGAAAAUCCAAAAGAUCCGUCAACUGUAUUGCGCUGUGAAGGUGAAAAUUCUAUUAUUGCCGAAGGAGGUCAACAUAAUCGUCGAUUUACGUUCGAUAGUGUAUUCGACGAAGCAUCAACACAAGAAGAAGUAUUUCAAUAUAGUGGAAUUAAACGUUUAGUUGAUUUAGCUAUUGAAGGAUAUGUUGCAACUUGUUUUGCCUAUGGACAAACAGGUAGUGGAAAAACACAUACUAUGGUUGGUCCAGGUGGUGCUGCAAUUUUUCGUAUGGAUACUAAUUAUCGUACAAAUAAUUUUGGUAUAGCACCACGUGCGAUAAGUUAUUUAUUUGAUCGCUUACGAGAAAAAACCGAAAGAACAAAUUCUCCAUAUUAUAUUCGUGUAGCUUAUUGUGAAAUAUAUAACGAACAAAUUCGUGAUUUAAUUCGUCCAGAAAAUCCAGAUCCUUUACAAGUACGUGGUUCAAUUGAAGAUGGAUUUUUUGUUGAAAAUCUUUAUCAAACAUAUAUUGAAACUAUUGAUGAACUAUUAACUAUACUUGAAGAAGGUGAAUUAAAUCGAGCUAUGGCAUCACAUCAGCUCAAUGAUAUGUCAAGUCGUAGUCACGCUAUGCUUUCAAUACAAAUUGAACAAGAUUUACAAGGUUAUGAUGACCCACAAGAACAAAUGACGCGACAGGGAAAAUUAACUUUCGUUGAUUUAGCUGGUAGUGAAAAAGUUAAAGCAAGUCAUUCAAAAGGCAAACAAUUGGUCGAAACAAACAAUAUCAAUAAAAGUUUACUAACACUUGGAACAUGUAUUUCGGCAUUAAGUGAUCCUAGAAUGCGCAACGGUCAUGUACCUUAUCGUGAAUCAAAACUAACUAGACUUUUAGCAGACAGCUUAGGUGGACAUGGCAUAACACUAAUGUUAGCUUGUGUUUCACCAUCAAUUCUAUGCGAAAAUGAAAGUUUAAGUACAUUACGUUAUGCUAAUCGUGCAAAAAAUAUUGAAAAUGCUCCACUCAUAAAAACUGAUUCAAAAGAAAAUGUCAUCAAUCGUUUAAAACUUGAAGUUCGUAAAUUAAAAGAUGAAAAUCUUGAGUUGAGACAUAAAUUAGGCGGUCAAACAAAUAAUAAUUUACCCAAGCUUAAAAAUCGAAAUGAUUUAGGUUCACAAGCAUCUCUACGUUCAUCAGGAAGUAUAGAAGCCUACGAAAGACAAGAUACUCAUGGUCGAUUGAAUGGCGCUACAACGCAAAAAAUUCGAAGUCAUCAUGAAACUUUAGCACGUGAAAAUGAAAAACUUACACGACAAUUAUAUCAACGUGAUCGACAACAACAAGGACAGUCGAACGGAAAACGUGUUGUUGUCGUUGAAGAUGAAGAUAGAAUUCAUCGAACUAGUCCACCAAGUAAUCGUCAUGUUGUUCGAGCUUAUGUUGAUCCAGCUGAUGAUGAAAUACUAGAAUAUGUACGUCGCCCAUCGUAUGCGUCAAGAUAUCGAACUGUUCGUAAUAGAAAUCCACAUGAAGGCUCACCCGAACGACGUACAACAAUUAUACGACGAGCACGAGAACAAUAG